GGGAGAAAGCUUGUAGUUUGUCUUGAUGGCACUAAGAACCAGUUUGGGUUAAAGAACACGAAUGUCGUGCAGAUCUACGCUCGUAUUGAGAAGAACGAUAAACAGCUCACGUAUUACAACAGCGGCAUUGGUACAUACGCCAAUCCCUCGCGCCAUUUCUCCUGGGCGCUCAUCAAGACAUGGUAUUCGAGCACGAUAGACCUAGCAAUAGCAUGGGACUUCCAGAAAAUCAUACUUGCUGCAUACCGAUGGUUAUCGGAACAUUAUAGGCCAGGAGACCAGAUUUUCCUCUUUGGAUUUUCUCGUGGUGCCUAUCAGGCGCGAGUCUUGGCCGGGAUGAUAGAGACAGUUGGACUUAUAUUCCCCGGAAACGAAGAGCAGAUUCCAUUUGCGUACGAGCUGUAUGCGAAUGAGCCUGAAGAAACGACGAUUGCACACCUGGCAGGUCGAUUCAAGCGCACAUUCUCACAUCCAGAUGUCCACGUACACUUCAUUGGUGCUUGGGAUACAGUCUCGUCGGUUGGCAUUACACGACCAAGGUAUUUGCCCAACAUACGAAUCGUUAGGCACGUGUGUUACUUUCGACACGCUCUUGCACUUGACGAACGGCGGGUCAAGUUUCCUCCGGAGGACGUGAUGCACGGACUGUUCGUACCGGAUAACAACAGUGAUGAUGGUGAUGGAGAAAGGACCCUCGAGCGAGUGAAAGAAGUAUGGUUUGCUGGAUGUCAUUCGGAUAAGCUAUUAAUGGACGGGAUAUCUGCGCUGUGGAUGGCGAAUGAAGCACGCCUCGCAGGUCUGAUCUUUGCUCCCUCUGCAUUCAAAGCGGAGCCAAACCAGUUCAAAACACAGCAAGUCACAGAGUCGUUAGAUUGGAGAUGGUGGAUUUUGGAGCUCUUACCU